AGUUCCUCAGAAAAACGUGGCGUGGCCGCAAGCAGGCAGGAUAUCUGGUGCUGCCAUGUUGUUCGUCCCCAUUUGUUUCAAGGGUGCCGGGAGAAGUCCGUGUUCUCUGCUCUGAGUGACCAUGUUUCCUCUGGUAAAAUCUGCUUUGGCUCUCACUGGACGUGGCAUCCAAAAAACGGUCUCCAGACAAGCGCAUCAUAAAGCAGGACCAGACUUUCACGACAAAUAUGGCAAUAUAAUUCUGCUUUCCGGGACUGUUUUCUGUGCUUCAAUUUGGGGUUAUGUUAUUACACAGACUGGCAUAGCCUGGAAUUUGUCCCCAGUAGGUAGAAUCACUCCUAAAGAAUGGAAGGACCAGUAAUUCUGAUGCAGCUGCUUGAAAAAUACCUUUUUAUGCGUUAAUCCUGUAUAAAACAUUCAAUUCAAAGAACUUUUCUGUUGUAAUAAAAUACAGACCUAAUAUAUAAAA